AUGCUUGUUCCGCUUGCGCCGACUGUUCGUGGUCCACUACUACCGUCUCAAGUGGAUAACACAUCGGGUCGUUUCCAGACAGAUCCGUGGGUUAAUCCGAUCACACCGGGGUCUGUUCAUUUGUCGGGCCGUAAUGAAGAUCAGCCGGUCUACGAAAAUGGUUACCAAGUUAUUGUCCAUCGUUCUGCUCCAAUACUAUAUGCAUUUGACCCGCGGUUUCUGAAUUCGCGUAUUGCAAUAACAAAUUUAAAUCCAGAUAUAUCAGACGAGGAUGAUCUACUGCCGCAUUCGGACGAGCUCGGAGUUCUGAAGGCCAGUGUUAGUUUGCUCAAACUGCCCACAUGGGAACGUAUUGCUACAACUGUGAAGCUCAAAUGUUCCACAGCGACAGCGAGACCACUGUCCAUGUCUAAUCCUUCUCGGUAUCAUGCCACUAGUGGGCAAUCAAAUAAUCUAUCUGGUGGUGGAAUGCUCCGCACCGCUCCUAGAAGACGCAGAUCAUCUGACGUGAAUCAUGGUGUCGAGCCAUUGGUUGUCGCAUCCAACCUACCAUUUCCCCACAUUCUGAACAUAUUCUACUCUCGAGAUGGAUAUCUUUUGUUCACUGUCUCCACUGAUCAAAGGAUUUACACUUUGGCGCGGCUCCGUACACUUCGGUUCGACCGUGCCAUUUGUCCGAUCCACACUUGUCCGACAAAUUAUAUGCCCGUGAUGAGUCGUUGUGGUUCUCGGUUAGCUGUCCUAACUAAUCAGUACGUGUGCCAGACUGUGGCCAAUCCGCGCUCCAUCGUUUCUUCCAUGUGCUAUGGGGAAAGAAGUGCUACUGCUUCGAAUAAUCUCAGACACUCGAUCCCAUCAGUCACGGCAGAUGUUCUAACCCGAACGAAUUUCGGUGGACAUCGAUCUUCGGAAUCGAGAGAAAAUCGGUCUUGCACUCAUCUUUCUAAACGACUAGAACCAAGCACUCAGUCGAUGGAGAUUAAUCGAACACUAGCCACAUCGUCUCCCGCUCUGCCACCGUUUGAACGUGAUGACACCGUUGCCUCGGGUGGUCUUGGUGUCGUUUGCGGUUCAUUAUCUUCAUCAUUCCCCUCUCCUCUGGCACGAGUGCACUUUGCAGAAACCCAACAAUCGGUCCGUCAAUCCACUCGUGUUUUAAGUACUGACAAUCAACCAUGCGCUGCUGGUUCAUCCGUUUCCUUGUCUUCCGUGCCCGUAACCUCGUCCAUGACCAAUUCACCCGUACCACCGACCAGUAACGCGACCACAUUUGCUACUCGACGCCAAAUUGAGGUGGUUCUUGUGUACCAGCUUCCGCCACCACCAACACUACAGGCACUUGUGCGGCAGCGAAUUCUACAGGUACACAUCUCAUGA